GUGUUUGUGCAGUCAUUCGGAGCUAAGAGUCAAAACGAGUAUACAUUGAACUUGAACUUGACGGACCUUUAUAUUGUACUCAAGGACAUCCCACAAGGUGACAAUGUCUCUUUCCCCUGAAAACACAAGUCUUCAGCAUCAGGGAGUUCAACCUCAGCCUUCCUCCCUAUCUGGGCAUGUCAAGUCCCCAAACCCCACAGGCCUUCAACAGACUACUGAAUGCAUAAUCCGAUCUUUCCUGCACCAGUUCGACACCACCAGCUUACCCUCUGUCUCGAAUCCCGCACUUGAAGAUCUUUGUAUGAAAGAAGCUGAACGUCGGGGAUACGCCCUCGACGCGCUCAGGCCUUACUUAGUGACCUCACUCAACAUCACUGCCUCCGCGUACCAUCAUCUCGAGGAUCUUAACGUCAAAGUGUACAUCGUCAUGUUCACCGCGUUUGCGAUAUACUUCGAUGAUGCCUAUCCUGAUGACCCUGACGCCCUUGUCGGAGUCCCUAAUUUUACCAAGUACUUUGCGUCCUUAGAGAAGCAGCCAAAUAAGAUGCUCGAUGAUUUUGCGAAGAUCCUAGCAGAAACCUCUCAGCUGUUUGGCGAAACACACAAGGUUGACAGAUACGCUAUAUAUCUUCGCGAGCUAAGCGGACUUGCCGAGGCCUACGCCGUAUUCAUUUUCCCUACCGAGAUGCCAUAUACCGUAUAUGUCCAGGCUCUUCCUCUCCUCCGCGAUGUCAUCAACUUCAUAAAUGACAUCACCUCAUUCUACAAGGAGGAGUGUGACGGUGACAACCACAACCUUAUAUCAAUGUUGGCUGAAGCCAACGGUGAGGCAAAGACCAAGGCUCUUUGCUACUUGACGGAGAAAUGCAUGGAGGCACACAAGAGGACGUUACUUAUCUUGUCGCCACACAAAGAAGCGCACGAGAUGUACAAGGAGUUUGUGAAGGGAUACUUGGCAUAUCAUUUGGGUGCCAAGAGAUACAGACUUAACGAACUGAACAUUUAG